AUAAACAUAAUUAGCAAACAGAAAGUACAAGUCUUUUCCUGUUUAAGUUUAGUUUAAACUCUGAAGUAGUUUGAGCUUCAAACACUGCAGUGACAUAACAGUGCAAAACUCAUAUGCAAUAAUUUUGUGAAAGAAGUAAACGUGACUUGUUAAAUCCAAGCAGUUACGAUAAAAAAAGACGAAUUUUCGAUUGAUUUUCGCAGCGUGAACGACACUUGGAUGUUUAAGUAUAAAAGAAAUUAAACUUUAGUUUGGUCAAUCAUAUUCAAUCAGCACUUCUUUAAACAAAGACAUUCUUUGAAAAAUAAAAGCAAAAAAUGAUGAAACUUAUUGUGUUAAUUGUUGCAGCAAUCUCUUGCAUAUCAGCAAAACCCGGUCAUCUGUCUCGUAUUAUUGCAGCACCAGCACCUGUCGUAACAGCACAAUCAUCACAAGUUUUUGCAAGGAACUUUAAUGGACUUGUGCCAUUUGCACCCGUUCCAGUUCCAUUACCAGUGCCUGCACCAAUCGUGGCAGCACCAAUUCCAGCAGCUCCAAUUCUUCCAUUUCCUUCAAGAGUCGUCACACCUUUCUUACCACCACGAGUUGUCUCUCCAUUUGUGCCGUACGCACCUUAUCCUUAUUAUCCUUACGCACCUUUACCAAGACCAAUCUUCUAUUAAACAAUUGAACUGACAAGACUUCUAUUUAGAAAUUAAGAAAACAGUUUUUAGAAGAAAGAAAAUUAAAAAUGAUAAAAAUGAUUUUAAAAUAAAAAAUAAGAAAUACUUUUUUGUAAAAAAUAA